AUGGAACCAGAUCAGGUCUCCCUUCCUGUCUAUGAAGACAUCCUCCAGUCAUUCCUCCAUGAAGCUCGCGUCAAGUUGCCAUCUUACAAGGAAGAUCCCUCGUUCGACCAAGAGAUAAUUGACAUAUGUCUCGCUCAAGAUCUCCCCGCAGAUCGGAUGGAAGUUAUUGCAGGAGUUGGUAUAGCAACAGCGAAAUGGAUGUAUCCUUCGCAUGACCGAGAAACCCAAGUGGCUAUCGCUACUUUCACGGCCCUUGCAACCGCAGUCGACGAUCUCGGCGAGUCCAUAGCCGAGGGCUUACGACAAUACCGCACUAGGCUUUUGGCACGCCAACCACUUGGCGUCAAAGUGUUGCAGACUUUUUUUGAUGAAGUACUAAAUAUGGACCGGUUUUAUGAUACAUUUGCGACAGAUAUGAUCUUCAAGGGCACUGUCGACUUCUGCAGCGCCAACCUAGUGGAAAUUGAGAAAAUGGCUUUGUUGAAGGCCAACAAGAGUGCACCAGGUUUCGCAAACUACUUCCGCUUGAAGAGCGGUUUUGCGGAGCCUUAUGCAUUCUUCAUUUUCCCUGAGAAGUUGCUGCACGGAAGUAAUCCUUGUUGUCAUCUGCCCUUGAUCCCGGAUAUCGUGGGAUUCAUCAACGAAGCCAAUGAUGUAAUGUCAUAUUAUAAGGAAUCUUUGGUUGGUAA